GUAUUUUUUGUACCAAGAGACACCACCACACACACACACACUUCGCUAUUGCAUAUUAGGAAAUUUGGGGUAAUAUUUUUAUGCACUACACUAUGAAAUAUUUUAGUGUAUGUAACACGCGGCAACACGUGUCCCAAAAAUAUUUUAAUAUUUCCCAUCCGUCAAAGUUAUUAUUUUUAGGACUAACCUGUACAAGAAUUGACCACAAAUUCAUCUUGCCAACCCACAGUUAACAACGAAAAUAACCAAAUACACUGACAGUAAAUCCGCUAUGCAUGUCGGAUGCUGGUGAUUUAGCUGUUUAUAUCCUUCACAUUACUUAAAAGGAUUGGGAAGAACAAUACGUCUUUCACGAGUACCUCAAGAAAGUUAUGGCUGGACGUUUUAAAAAAAAUAUAGAGUGACAGUAUUUGCUGAUAUUAAGAGCACUGCAGAGGAAGUAAAAACUCGUAGCAUAUUAAACCUCAUAAGAGGAAUUCUAACCUUAUAACGAAGUUGGCCGUGGUCAACAGUACGUCAUCAAUCAGUAUGGUACCAUAUGAAUAAAGUGGAAGCUUAAAGCGUGGUGAACAUUCAAGUGAUAGUAGCAAAAACUAUCAUCAUAAUCUUCCUCGUCAUUGUCCCUUGCAUACAGAUUUAUGGUUCCGAGCGUACAGAAUGAAGACAAUUUCAUAACAGAGGACAUAACAUGCACGUGAUAUUUUAGGUUAGUGCUUGUGUUUGGUACAAAGCAAUGGGUGUGAAUGGCUUGUGGAAGCUCCUUGAUCCAUCAGGGAAACCAGUGCCCUUGGAAACUUUGGAAAACAAGGUGCUUGCAGUUGAUGUGUCCAUUUGGCUGCACCAAGUAGUGAAGGGUUUCCAAGACUCACAUGGGAAUCCCUUGCCUAACGCCCAUCUCCUUGGACUGUUUCACCGUAUUUGUAAGCUUCUCUUCUAUAGGAUUAAGCCAGUGUUUGUGUUUGAUGGUGGAGUCCCCCACUUGAAGAAGCAGACUGUCGCCAUAAGAAACCAGCUCAAGAGCAAAGCUGAAAUAGAAGCUGAUCGAGUUCGAGAACAACUACUGAAGAAUCUUGUUAAACACACCGCUUUGAAACGAGUUCUUGGCAGUAAAGCAAGUAAUAUUGACCUUAGUAUUACACAGCGUAAGGAGAAUGACAUGUUUGAGUUGCCUCCAGAAAAUAAAAAAAUGGAAGAGACAUUAUCUGGAUGCGAAGAAGAUGCAUUAAGUUCUGAAGAAGAACUGUACUCCCACAAAAACUGGAUGAUGACAGAUUUGCAUGCAGUAGAUGUAUAUAGUUCACACUUCAAAUCACUACCUGCAGAUGUACGACAUGAUAUUCUCAGUGAACUCAAGGAGACAAGGAAACAAAGUUCUUGGGGACGAUUGCAUGAGAUGCCAAAGGAAUCUGGUGACUUCUCAAGUUAUCAGAUGACUCGCUUACUGAAGCGCCGGUCUAUUCAGGUUUCACUUGAGGAUGCAGAAAGAGAGAUGGGUGGUCGGUCACUCAGCUUGGGCGAGCUGGAAGAGUUGCUCAGUGAACAGGGUGUUGUUACUGAUUCUAACAUUGGGAUGAGAAUAGCUUCUGAUAACAUCACACGCUAUGUAUAUGUGAAAGAGAUUGGAAAACAGAUACUGGCAAAGAGCAGUUCAAAGGGAACCAAUAUUAAUGCUUCUUCAUCCAGUCAGACUCAGGAAGGCUGUAAAGUUAAUGAUAAUGAGAGUGAAUCUGACAGUGAUCUCAGAGCGGUACAGGAAUCAAUUCUGCACAAGGAAUUGGAAGUACAAAAGUCUGAGGGAGACUGGUCAUCAAAUUCAGAGGAAGAUUUUGCUUCAUCUCAAGAGACGUCAGUAAAUAGUGACAAAGUUAGCCUAAAGCUGGCCCAGAAUUUCAUGUUUGAGAAUAGUGGACUAACACAGCAACAAAUCCUGGCUGUUAUCCAAUACCAGAAAGCUGUGGAAAGAGAGGUGCAACAAAAUAGCGAACACUUCCUGUCUCCUGAUCAACCAUCGACAUCUGGAAUGGGAAGCAAAGCGAUAGCUCUUAAAGGUCAUGGUGAUGCCCUUACCUGUAGCAUGGUACAGGAUAAAAUAGGUGAAGCAACUUGUAUUAGUACCUCUGUUAGCAAUAUAGCUGAAGCAAGUGGCAGUAGAACUGACGUUAGUAAUACAACUGAAGCAAGCUGUAGUAAAAUUGGCGUUAGCAGUACUAGUGACAUGAACAGCAUAUUACAUAAACAGAAGGGAAAUGUAUUAAAUGAUGAAAUCAUUGACAACAACAGUUUUGCUGCAAAGCAGGGAGUGGGCUUAACAGAGAAAGACAACAUUUCUCUUCCUGUAUUAAGCCCAGUUGCAAAUGGAUUGAAGAAUAGUGAUGAUGAGGGUGAAAAAAUGAACAGUGACAGUGACAGUGACAGUGACAGUGAUACAGGUUUUGUUGAAGUAACAGAUGUUGCCACACUGCCAGUUCACAGUACAGCUUCAGAGAAGAAUACUUUGGAAGUACUAAUAAAGCAUGACAAAAUACCUGAAAUUGAAGAUGACAUCUUUGCUGAUAUUUUUUGUGCAGAAACAUCUGAAAGAUUAUCAGCAGUAAAUAAUAAACUGACGAAAGAUACAGGUAUCAGUCUGUCUUGUAGUGUUGACAUCGUACAUACAGGUUCAGGGGGAAAAGAAAAUUAUAGAUUCGAUGAAGAAGACAUUAGCAGUGGAAUUAAUGGUCUUAAAGAAGCCACUGAAUCUGAACUGAAAAAGGGAGGAAAAGAACUGAUGGGGAAUGUUGUAAAUCAGGAUGACUGUAAACAGAAAAACCUUGAAGUGAAAAGGGAUGUUGGUAUAAUCUCUGGCAUAGAAACAGAAGAACAAGCUAAGAAGCCUCAAGUGACCACAACCACAUUAUCCUCUGAAGAACUCCAAAAGUUACAGACCUCUAUUGAAGAGAAGCAUCUAGACUUACUGGCAGAGAGAGGCAAACAAGAGAGAUUGGCAGCCAACAUAACUGACCAAAUGCACAUGGAGGCACAGGAACUACUGCAGCUGUUUGGCAUUCCAUACAUUGUAGCUCCAAUGGAGGCAGAAGCCCAGUGUGCCUUCUUGGACUUACUGUCCCUUACUGAUGGCACCAUUACUGAUGACAGUGAUGUAUGGCUGUUUGGUGGACAGAAGGUGUACAAGAACUUUUUCAACCAGAAGAAACAUGUACUGUGUUUCAAGGCAUCAGAUAUAAAGCAAUGUUUUAAGCUUGAGCGACAGCAGUUGGUACUGCUUGCACUGUUGGUUGGUAGUGACUAUACACCAGGGAUUCAAGGUGUGGGGCCAGUUACUGCACUUGAAAUCCUAGCAGCAUUUCCUACUGAUGGCAGAGAUAACAGCAACAUUCUCAGUGGUCUUCAGAAAUUCCGAGAGUGGUGGCAUGAUGGAAUGACUGUGGGUCCAGGCAAGACAUCACUAAAAAACAAAUUAAAAGAUGUGCAAUUUGUGGAAGGAUUUCCUAGUGUGGCAGUGGUAGAUGCAUACCUACACCCAAAAGUAGAUGAAUCGAAAGAGACAUUUUCUUGGGGAUCACCAGAUUUAACAUCUCUUAGAGACUUUACUCGACAGAAGUUUGGUUGGACGAAAACUAAGACAGAUGAGAUUUUGCUCCCUGUUUUGAAGAAGCUAGAGGAAAGAAAGAGUCAGAUGUCUUUGGAUUCAUAUUUCAAAGUAAUACCGAAACUUCAAGCAACAGAAGGAAAAUUGAGUAAACGUGUGCAGCAGGCUGUUCAUCGUUUGGGGAGGGCUGGCAGUUUUGUUAGUGAAGAGCCCAUUUCAGAAGGAAGUAAGAGUGGCCACAUUUCUUUGUGCAGAAAAAAGAAAACGGACACAAAUGUGAAAACUCGGCCGGAUAAUGGUAAAGCAAGAAGCAGAGGAAGAGGAAGAAGUCAUGAGUCUGGUACUGUGCAUGAGCAGAGUCAACCUAGUGAUAUACCUGACAUUAGUGGAGAAUUUAUUCCACAAAGAGAGCGAGAUAAAAUAAAUGCCUUGAAGAGGAAGCUGAAGGCUGUUGAGGUAUUCCGCACCUCUAAAACGGGUCUGGAUCGUACAAAAAGAGAGAAGAAGGUUAAACGGCAGGAACUCAUAGAAGCAGAACUGUCUGAAAGUAGUAGUGACUGUGACUGAAGAAAACAGAUUCACUGAUUAAAUAAAAAUAUCACUUGUCAUGUACUUUGAUGUUUUACUUAUAAAGAUGAGAUAUCUUAAAAUGAUUUUGUACUUGCCAUUUGUAAAUUGUCACUCAUUGCAGAUAAAUAGACAAACAUAUUUGUUGAGCCCCCCUGAAAAUGAAGUUAAUUCUUAAAAAUUAUACACUUUAGUGAUGACAUGCAAAAUCAUUUGAGAAGAACCAUUUGCUAUAAUUUAGCAGUUCCAUAAACACAAAACUGCAUAAAUUGUUUGCAUUGCAUGGAUCAAAGUAGUUUGCAGAGUACAUCAUGCAGAAUCACAGUAAUAUAUCAUGCAUACUUAUCUAAGUCAUUUAUUAUUGAUUUUGGUGUAAGAUAAUGAAUGUGGAAUUGCUGUAUAGUAGUGCACACAUAUGUUUCUAAAUAUAAAUUUAUUUUCAUGUGAAUUAAGAUGAAGCAGGUUAUGAACAUGCAUACUCAAGUGAUCUUCCACAAGGUAAAGAGUCCAUUGUGGAGCUUCAAGUUUAGCUUGUUCUACCUCUUUAAAAAGAUCCUUGAACUAUAAUCCUAGCCCAUAGUCCAUCAUAAAUAUUUUUAUAUGACAUAAACUGAAAAUUCCAACCUGA